AUGCUGCCCACCCUGUGGCUGCUGCUCAGCUUUGCUGUCCCGCUGCUGAGGUCCCACUUUUCCAUCAGCUGUCCUAAUCGGCAUUGCCAACUGGCCCUACUCUCAAACAAUGAUAUCUUCCUGCACUGCAAUGCCUCUGGGGCACAGUGGCAAUUCUUCUUCCUGCCAGUCAAGACCACCUGGACCAACAACCCCUUCACUAACUCCAACAUGGAAACAAUGCCCGAUGGCAGCCUUCUCAUUAGAAAUCCAUUGCCCUUGCAGACAGGCUUCUACAACUGCCAGGACAAGGAUGGCAAGAAAGUGGUACAGUACGAAAUUGACUUCCAGGAUAUUGAAACCAUACAUAUCACACACAAAGACCUGGGCCAAGAGCCCCUGCAGAAUGAGACCCUGAGUCUGGGUGGCAAGGAGCUCAUCUUCACCCACUGGGAGCCCUGGCAGGGCUGUAACCGCUGUGGGGAGCCAGGUGAGCGCAAACGCCUGGGGUACUGCUACAUCGAGAAGCCCCUGGAAACGCCCAUGCCCUGCUGGCUCUAUCUGGGAGAUGUGAAUCUGUGGUCCAGCCGCACGCGGCCUGAGAUGCAGGUAGAAGCCUGCCACGUCCAGUGCACGUCAUCAAAUGUGGAAUACGUCACUUUUGACAACUUCAAGCUCAGUGAGAAGUUGGGAUCUGCAUGGCUCACCUGCCCCUUAGGAUCCAUCUACAGGCCCAUCAUCUGGGAAGCCGACAACAUCUCCCUGACCUGGAAGGACCAGCUCUCGGGCCAGGCUGUCAGCACCGUCCUGGACACCUCCAACGGCGGCAAUCGGCUGCAGGUCUUCCAGCCAGCCACUUAUAAGUGCUUCGUGCAGCAGGAGCUCUCGGCUCAAUUCACCCCCAAGUCCGAUCUGGAUAUACUGGCGUCUCUGAGCACAGAAGACUUUGGACAACAGCCGGAGGUAGAGGAGGCCCAGAAAGGAAAGGCUGACUCCGUCCUCAAGGGGCUGAGGCUGAUGCUGCUGGUGGGCACAGCCCUGGGCCUGCUAGGGGUGCUGCUCAAACUCUUCCACCCUUCCCGGGGCAGGAAGAGAAACCAGGUGUUGCUGGUGAAAUAAAGCGAGCCCUCGGGGCCCAGGAGACCUGGCCUCCUGCGCCUUCAUCGCCUCACCUGUCCUCCCAUAGCUCCCGCCCUGGGCCCACCCACACCUCCCACUCUGAACGUGUGUGGACCAAAACAGACCCGGGGCCACAGCCAAGGGUGACUGACCUCUCCCUGGUCCGGGUCCUGCUCUGUUAACUCAUUCGCAAUCCCCAUGCCACAGAUGAGGAAACUGAGGCUAGACUACCUGUCUAGUCAUUGGAUGGGGGGCGGGGCACCAGUUCAAACCCAGGUUGCCUGGCUCAAGCCUCAUGCUCCGGGAGGAAGGGAGGGGUGCAAUGAGGCCAUUUUGGGGACGAGUCUCUGGGUGUGUAAAUUGUAGCCACCUCACUCACCACUCUCCCAAGGAUGAGGGCGGGGAUGGGGCAUGGGAGUGGGUCACCCUCAGACCCCCCAGAUCUGCACUGGGCUGCUGCCUUGCCCAUCCCUUGCUCCCACCUUGCCUCAGUGGUGCCUACGGCCUCCAGGCCUCGCCAUAGCUCCCCAAGUUAGAGGUGCCACCAGAGUGGUGGCCCGGGCAGCAGACACGCAUCACCCUUCCUGGCUCUUGCAGUGGAGAGAGCUCCCUCGGACACCCCAGAAAGGGGAGACAGGCCCCUCCACUGGGACAAGGCACCAGGCCUGGCCCAGCUGACCUGCGGGAAUCACCAGUCCCAGCUGUUCCCAAAAAUGUUAUACACUAUU